CCUGCCCGUACCGCUUCUUGUCACGGGGCCCCGGAGGGUCUUCCUGUCGGGUAGCUUUUCUUGCCGGCCGUCGAAGGGGGACGGAGAAGAGCGAAGACAAAGGCGCCCUGCGAGCGUCAGAGAGCCGUCUGCUCGCCUCUCCAUCGUCCACAAUUGGAUUUGUUGGUAACAUAAACUUACACAUUGCCAUACGCAUGCGUAUUCAUCUAGCAGCAGCAUUUCGCUGUAAUUAGACGACACAUAUUCCGACACACCCCCAUCUGCCCGCGCACUCCUGCCACCAUGAACAACAUUACGAUGACGAGUAUGCCCAUGGCCGGUGGCCCGGUCGGCGGGCCAUCCCCCAUGAUGAACAGCACGCUCGCUGCGCAACAAGUACAAAGCCAGGGCAAUAACAGGACCGUCCUUAACACAUACAUCUACGACUAUUUCCUCCGAGAGGGCAUGUACGAUUGCGCGCGUGCUAUGCUCAAGAGCGAGCAGACCUUAAACGUAAUUAAGGAUAGCCCCGGCCGCCGCCGCGACGAGAACGGCGCUGUUUUGGGAAAUGGUGUUGGUGAUGAUCCUAUGGACACUGACAGCAAAGAUGACAUCGAUGCGAAACGACCGCCCGAUUUACCCCCACCUAACGUGCCGACCGGAGCCGACAACUGUUUUUUGUACGAGUGGUUCUGUUUGUUCUGGGACAUGUUGAUGGCCCAACGCCACAAACCCGGCAUCAGCCCCCCGGUAAGCCAGUAUGUCAAUCAUACGCAGCAACAAAGUCGGCAACGGCAAAAUGAGCAGCAGGCAUUACUGCGAACGAUGCGGAACGACAUGUUUGCCCAGAGUCAGAUGAUGAGGAUGCAGAACGGGAUACCGAUGAACGCGAAGCAGCCAAACUUGGCACGCACUGCCAUGGCCAAUAACCAGAACCCUCAAGCUGCCAUGCACAUGCUCCAGCAAGCCAAGCAGAACCAGAUACAGCGCGAUGGCUCUAAUAUGGACGGCAAUCAAAACCGUCCGGGCUCUCCCAGCUCUGCCGAGAACGCGCCAUCGCCGAGUAAAAGACCGCGACUAGACGGAUCAGGUCCUUUCAAUCCACAGCAGGGAGGCGUCAUGCCCAAUGGGCAACGACAGCAGCAGGGAAUUCCGGCACAACAAUUCCAAAAUUUCCAACCGCAGCCCCCACAGGCGCAAACCAAGUCCAUCCAAGCGUACUCGCAGAAUCUGCAACAGCAUCAUGGACAGCAAAUGCCAAACAAGCAAAUCGCUAAUCCCGGCGGGCCACAAGGGCAGGGCUCCCCUAUGAUGGCAGCAGGCCCCGACGGCGCUGCGAUAAACGCAUACUAUAACCCAGGCGAGAUGGGUGGACCCGGAGGCAUGCGGCCCGGUCCUGCCGGCACACCAGGAACGGGCGGCAGCAACCAUGCUCUGCAGGACUACCAGAUGCAACUGAUGUUGCUCGAACAACAGAAUAAGAAGCGGCUUCUGAUGGCGAGGCAAGAGCAGGAUAGCAUCGGAGUUAUUUUACGCGGAGAGGGAGCGGCGCCGGGAGGACCUGGAGGGCCGGGUGGUAACGGCCCGAACGGCCAGCCCUUCCAGGACACUUCGCCUCAGGGCGCGCGGACUGGAGCUUCGCCUAACCCUGCCGAGCAAAUGAAGCGUGGCACUCCUCAGAUGGGUCCUGCAGGCAUACCCUCGCCGUUACCAGAAGGCGCUCAAUCCCGAGGAUCGCCGAACCCGAUGAAUUUUAUGCCUAAUGGCAUGGAUCCUGCGAUGCAGCCCCACUUCUUCAAGGGCAUAAACGGGAUGGAAUCCAAUAUGGUCGCCGCUCAGAUGAACGGGAGUAUGCGACCCCCGAGCUCCCACCCCAAUCAACCGUUCAACGGUCAGAUGAAUCCCCAGAUGAUGCGCCAGCAACAGGGUGCCCAGGGUGGCCCUCCGAUGCAGUGGCAGGCGCCGAACGGCAACGCGAUGGCGCCCCAAGGCCCUCAAGGUCCUCAGGGUCAGGUGCAAGGCGGAGGGCAGCAGAGGGCGAUGCCACCCCCGUCGGCCCCGGCUCCGACCAACAACGCCGCCACCGCCGGUCGUACGCAGACGUCGUCCCCGCAACAGAACAAUGCAGCUCCACCGACGCCUCAACAGUCGAACAAACCGGCGCCGAAGAAGAAGGAUACCAAGAACACUAAGAACAAGGCUGCGGCCCAGAAGAAGGCGAAUCAGACGACAGGUGCGACACCUGCUUCCGAGGCUGCACAAGAACCGGAGCCUGCUACCCCGGUCACUCCGGUCAACACUGCCGGCUUCAACAAGAACGGUCAAAACGUGGGCGGCGCGCAGGCCAACGCCAACGCACCCGCGUCUGCCCCGCCUCCGGCUCCUGCGCCCGUUACCGCUCCUCAAGUUCAUCCGGACGCAUCGCAAAUAAACACGUUCGGCAUGGACAGCGGCAGUGGAAUGGAUUUUGGCUCAAUGGAAUUUACCAAUCCCAUGCAGACGGGCGAUGUCCUGCAGGAUUUUGACUUCGAUUCGUUCCUCCACGACAACGAUGCGGAUCCCAGCGCCUUCGACUUUAACACAUCGUUUGGGAUAGAGGGAACCGGCGAGAUUGGGGCGGAUUAAGGCACAGGUCGCCUGAAAGAAAGGGUUAGCCUCCCCAAGGCUCUAUUUUAUUUGCAUCUCUACGUCAGGUUAGCUUGGGCAUGGUCACGGCGUUCCACGGUUGUUUAAAGUCGCAUCUGGACUACGGUCAUGGCCUCUGGCGCGGUUAUCACGCUCUCGGGAGGCCAGAUAUGAAACACGACAAAAAA